UUGUAGAAAUUCAGAAAGCUCUCGUAUUGUCUAGAACACACGAGAGCGAGAGGAGAGAGAGAUUGAUUCGGCGGUAGGAACUGUGUUUCUCUUGCAGGUUCAGUGAUAAAUGGGGAGGAGCUAUAGCUACAGCCCUUCUCCUCCGAGGGAUUAUGGAAGAGGACGCAGAAGCCCAAGCUUAAUGGGCAGUUAUAGGGGUCGGAGUAGGGAUGCCCCGACCAGUCUCCUGGUUCGCAACCUUCGCCAUGACUGCAGGCCUGAUGAUCUCCGAAGGCCAUUUGGACGGUUUGGUCGCCUUAAGGAUAUCUAUUUGCCUCGAGAUUAUUACUCUGGGGAACCCCGUGGCUUUGGCUUUGUGCAGUACUAUGAUCCUGCUGAUGCUGCAGAUGCAAAAUAUCAUUUGGAUGGAUAUGUUCUUCUUGGCCGUGAAAUUACUGUUGUGUUUGCUGAGGAGAACAGAAAGAAGCCUUAUGAAAUGAGAGCUCGAGAACGACAAAGGAGCAGAGGUUGUACGAGAUCUCCGCUGGGUUAUUUCCAGUCUCCUCGCUACAGACGGAGCUAUUCUCGUUCACCACAUGACAGAAGAAGCUAUUCUCGGAGCCCAUACAGGCGGAGCUACUCUCGGUCACUGCCACGCUAUGAAAGAGGCUAUUCAAGGUCGGUUUCCCCGGCAGAGAGGAGGCAGUCAUACUCAAGGUCUCCAUAUGGGUCGAGGAGCAGAAGCCAAAGUCCAAUCCGGGGCAGAAGCCUAAGCCCCGGAUACUCGAGGUAACUUUGGCUUUUAAACCAUGAAUAUGAUGAGAACACUCCCAACGAGCAGCAAGAGAGUUUUAUAGAUGAAUCCUUUCGGUAUUGUUGUGGGAGCGGUUCUUUAUGCUUCGACAUAGUUAUGUAUAAUCAUCAUUUGGACCGACCUUAUCUACAUGAACAAAAGCCUAUUUCGGUUUGGGAUAUUGUCUCUGCUGUUACUAGGAACUUUUGCCCUUGAAGGACAUCCUGUGCGUUUGGUUCCAACUUCUUUGGAAUUACGUCUGCAUGUGUUUUACGUA